AUGUGGACCUCACUCAAAUUGAACAAGGUUGCACCUAUAGAAGAGAACAGUGAGAAUCAACGAUUCUCUCAUCUGAGCAGUUACUCACACCCAUCCACGUGCCAGACCAGGGGCCGCUCUGGUAGUCAGUUGCUGCUGUAUGAAGAUGAGAGCCAACAGCAGUCAGGCAUUCAAUCCUAUCUACAGGGACUUGUCAAUUCCAGGGAGAAUCAUCUGCCUAACACAGAUAGCAGCCACUGUUCCCAUGGGCAGAGAGCUCUUCCUGCUGCCCUCAAACAACCCUUAGGCCACGCUGGUCUAGGUCGGAUGUCCAUUUAUGCGCUCCAUCAGUGUUUCCAGGUUAACUCCUCCUGGGUCAGGCCCUACCGUGCUAAGAGGAAUUCCUCAGGAGGUCUGCCUGACAACAUCUUCAUAGCUUAUACCAAAUACAACUGUGUGGAGAAUGCUGCACAUUCUUCCAUAUACUUUUUCCUUGCCAUAGAUGGAUCAAACGAGAAAAAAUCCUUCAGAGAUUCAGCCACAAAGCCUGACCUUCAAAGUCCAGCAGGACAAACUGGGACAGUGUCCGAGUGGAAGGAAAUGGAAACUGAGCAAGAAAACUCAAUCAGUGCCAGGGAUGGGGAAUUUCCUGUGGAUCUGCCCCCUGCUAUGACCCUAUUUAAACCCAAGCGAGUCCAGGCUCCAUUACCAUGUCAGUGUGACUUCGCGGUCAUGUCCUGUAUCCUGUCCGCUGGCUCUUCUCCAGUCAUCAUGGCCUUUGUAACCAUGGGUGGCCGGCAGACCGCUACUGUUAAACUAAUGACUCCAAUAUCCCGUCUUCCAAAAUCUGGCUUCUGGAAUACUUCACCUUAUAACAAAGCAAAUGCGAAGAGCAAACCACUUGGGGCCCCUGUGAUAAAUGAGUAUGCUGAUGCCCAGUUGCACAACCUGGUAAGGAGAAUGUACCAAAGAACAGCCCUGUACAAAAGAAAGUUGACCGAGGGAGAAAUAUCUUCACCUGAACCCAGCCCACCCACUGGAAAGCCCACAGCUGCAUCAUCAAUGCAAGAAAGCAAUUCCAAGCUAAAAAAAGAACCUAACUGUGGUGUCUUGUGUUGCAAAUUCCAGAAGGUGCCUCUGGGAGAGCACUUAAAGAGAUUUAGAAUUCCAAGCAGCAUAGAUGCACACACAGAUCGACUCUAUCUCCUGUGGCUCUUGCUUGUCACUGUGGCUUACCACUGGAACUGCUGGCUGAUACCACUGCGCCUUGUCUUUCCAUAUCAAACGCCCAACAACACAUGCUACUGGCUUGUUAUGGACAUUGUCUGUGAUUGCAUCUACCUUUGUGAUAUGCUAUUAAUCCAGCCCAGACUCCAGUUUGUAAAAGGAGGAGAAAUAAUAGUAGAGUCAAAUGAAUUAAAGAGACACUACAGGAAUUCUACAAAAUUCCAGCUGGAUGUUGCAUCAAUAAUGCCUUUUGAUGUUUUCUACCUCUUCUUUGGGUUUAACCCAAUAUUUAGAACAAAUAGGAUAUUAAAGUAUACUUCAUUUUUGGAGUUUAACCAUCACCUCGAAUCUCUAAUGAAUAAAGCAUAUGUCUACAGAAUCAUUCGAACAACUGGAUACUUGCUGUUUAUUCUGCACAUCAAUGCCUGCAUUUAUUACUGUGCUUCAAAGUAUGAAGGAAUUGGCACAACUAAAUGGGUUUAUAAUGGUGAAGGAAACAAGUAUCUGAGAUGUUUUUAUUGGGCAGUUCGAAGUUUAAUAACCAUUGGGGGCCUUCCAGAACCACAAACAUCAUUUGAAAUUAUUUUUCAACUCUUGAAUUUUUUUUGUGGCGUGUUCGUGUUCUCCAGCUUGAUUGGCCAGAUGAGAGAUAUAAUUGGAGCAUCAACAGCCAGUCAGAACAACUUCCGUGUCUGUAUGGAUCAUACCAUUGCCUACAUGAACAAUUAUUCCAUUCCUCAAAGGGUGCAGAAUCGUGUUCGAACUUGGUUUGAAUACACGUGGGAUUCUCAAAGAAUAUUAGAUGAGUCUGGCUUUCUUGAGUCCCUGCCAACCACAAUGCAGUUGUCUAUCGCCAUUGAUAUGAACUUCAGCAUCCUCAACAAGGUCGACUUAUUCAAGGGUUGUGAUACCCAGAUGAUUCAUGACAUGUUGCUAAAGUUGAAAUCUACUAUUUAUUUACCUGGUGACUUUGUCUGCAAAAAGGGAGAAAUUGGAAGGGAAAUGUAUAUCAUCAAGCAAGGAGAAAUCCACGUUCUUGGAGGCCCUGAUGGUGCUCAGGUUCUGGUUACUCUGAAAGCUGGCACAGUGUUUGGAGAAAUCAGCCUUCUGGCAACAGGAGGGGGAAGCCGUAGAACUGCUGAUGUGGUGGCCCAUGGAUUUGCCAACCUUUUAACGCUAGACAAAAAGACCCUCCAAGAAAUUCUGCAGCAUUAUCCAGAUUCCAAAAAGCUCCUCAUGAAGAAAGCCAGGGUGCUUUUAAAGCAGAAGGGUAAGGCCACAGAGAUAACCCCUCCAAGAAAAGGACUCGCCUGUCUCUUCCCAUCAAAAAAAGAGACACCCAAGAUAUUUCAAGCUUUUCUGAGAGGCCCAGGAAAAGCAGAUCUUGGAAGACUCUUCACAUUGAAAAGAGAACAAGCAGCUCAGAAAGAAAAUGAAAAUUCCAAAGGAGAGGGCAAAGGUGAAGAAUAUGAAGAUAAAGGAAGAGAGCUAGCAGAGAAAGCAAUGGACAGAGACAAAUGUAGAGCAAGUCCUCCUACAGCAGAAGAAAUGCCCCCAUUGAUUAGAAGGGCAGUUUUACCCAGAGGAACUUCCCAUCAAUCACUUAUCAUAAGCAUGGCUCCUUCCACCCAGGUUGGGGAAGAGGUUCUAACUGUUGAAGUCAAGGAAAAGGCUGAGCAAUAA